AUAGUUCAUAUCUUGAUCUUGCAAAAUAAAGUCACAAUUAGUGAAAAAAAUCACAGUGAUGGAUUAUGUGGAUGAAACAGUAAGUUCAUUGAAAUCCUGCAUUUUCGUCGCUUGGAACUUAAUGUGUUAUUGAAGUGAGAUCGUACAAAAAGAAAAACAUGGUGGCUACGUUUAAUAUGUUACCCUGGACAGUACUGUAUUUAGUCAUUUCUUUAAAUCGACAUAUACUUGCAAUGGGCAAACAAAUGGAAGAACCAAUAUGUACAUCUAGAUUCGACUACGAAUAUAAAAUGUUACAUAAAAUUGUCAUGUUGGAAACGGAACAAAACAAAAUGAAGGAAUUAAUGGAGGACACAAAUAAUAUACAGGACAAACUGAAAGAAGAUAGUCUUCGAAGGCAUGCAACAGUAGAGCGAGUUGAAAACAGACUGAAGCAGAUAGAAGUAGAAAGGUCGUUUGAUGGAAUAGGAAAUACGUAUAUCCGCUGGGGAAGAACAGAAUGCCCUAAGAAUGGAACAGAAAUGGUGUACAAGGGGUAUGCCGCAGGUGGACAUUAUAGCAAGAAAGGUGCCGCAAGCAAUUAUUUGUGUUUUCCCGAGGAACCAGUAUGGGGUAUUUAUGAAGAUUCAGAGCAGGUGGCUGGAACUGUCUAUGGAGCAGAGUAUGAACUCCAUGGUAGAAAUAUGGAUAAGUUCUUUGGCAGGACUAUGCUUAACCACGACGUGCCAUGCAGUGUGUGUAGGACAAAGAGGCCAAGUGUUCUGUUUGUACCAGGUCGAAACAUCUGUUUUGACGGUUGGACGUUGGAAUAUAGCGGGUAUCUGACCAGCGGACACGACUCUCAUCAUGCAUCCACCAGAUAUGUUUGCCUUGAUGUCAACCCAGAGAUUAUAGCUGGAGGAGUAUCUGAUGCCGAUGGAAAGCUUUUCUAUUUUGUUGAGGCUCGUUGUGGAUCAUUGAAAUGUCCACCUUACGUGAACGGACGAGAGCUUACGUGUGCUGUGUGCUCCAAAUAACAAAACUGUAUUGAUGUGCGUUUUCGAAACGAACUGAUCUGAAAAUAAGACGUAAAUGGCAACAAAAUGUCAUUCGGGAGACAUUUCUUUUCUACUAUAAUGUGACUUUUACGAGGAUAAAUUUGCAAAGUGAACAUAUUUAUACAAAGGUUUGGCUGCUCAACGAAAACAUUGGUUGAAGUAAAAGAUUGCACCUCGGUCAGCAACAUUUGCUCUAUCAUAUUUCUUCUAUUUCGUGUAGAAUGCGUUUUUAAAGAAAAAGCACCCAUACAUGUUACUGUUGGUACAAUAUGACUGUAUAGGAAGCAUCAAGCCCUUUUUCCAUCUACACAGGAUCCAUCUAGUCUAAUAUUUUCAUUUCAAAGAACGUUAGCAGUGUGGAUGCCUAUCUUAAUUAAGUUUGUACAAUCCGAAAUCUGAUCAAACUUUACGUUUCGUACAUAUUGCCUUCUAUAUGAUAAAAAAUAUUACUAACUGUUUGAUCUGCUUGAUUCGUAACAGGGAUCAUUUUUGCUGCUUCAUUUUGCACGAUCAAACUAUACAUAAUAUUCGAAGGUAUCCGAGUAGGGUAGUAGGAUGGCCUUUUAUAAUGUCGAAUGUAUGGUCAAAAAUAUAAUUUCCAAUUUCAAGAUUAUAAUUUCGAAAAGUUGUUUAUUUCAGAAUGUUGCUUUUUAUGAAAUAUCCGUUCAGAAAUAAAGUCAAAAUUACAUUUUACUGACUGCAAA